GUGGAGGGGGAAGUGACGUCUGAACCCUUAGAAACGAAGCCAGCUGGAGUGUCCGGAGGCCCAGAGGAGAAACAUUAAUAAGAGUGCCGAAGAAAAGAGAGCAGGAUCGGAACCAGAGGACACCGACACCGACACCGACACCGCACGCCACGGUAUCUAGCGGGUCAGGAGAUUCUUUGGCACUGAGGUAGACAGCAGAAGAUGAUGGACUACUACCAGACUCUUGGAGUACAAAGAAAUGCAACACAAGAAGACAUAAAAAAAUCAUACAGAAAGUUGGCACUGAAAUGGCACCCUGAUAAGAACCCGGAUAACAAGGAGGAUGCAGAGAGGAAAUUUAAAGAACUGUCGGAGGCAUAUGAAGUUCUGUCGGAUGCCAAUAAGCGUGAUAUUUACGACAGGUAUGGUAAAGAAGGCUUGAUUGGAGGAGGCGGCGGAGGUGGAGGACACUAUAACAAUGGCGGCUUUGGGUAUGGAUUUUCAUUCCGCAACCCAGAAGAUGUGUUCAGGGAAUUCUUUGCAGGAAGAGAUCCUUUUGCAGAUUUCUUUGCAGAUGAUCCUUUUGAUGACUUCUUUGGAAACCGAAGAGGCAGUCGUGGCGUGAGCAGGAGCCGUGCAGGGGGCCCGUUCUUCCAUGGGUUCGGUGGUUUCCCUCCCUUCGGAGCAGGGUUUUCUGGGUUCGAUCCAGGCUUUACCUCAUUCGGGCAAAUGGGCGGCGGUGGAUUUGCUUCGUUUUCUUCCACUUCAUUUGGAGGAGGAGGAGGCGGUGGCGGCAUGGGUAACUUCCGAUCAGUUUCAUCAUCCACCAAAAUAAUUAACGGCAGAAAAAUUACCACGAAAAGAAUCCUAGAGAAUGGGCAGGAGCGAGUCGAGGUUGAGGAAGACGGGCAGUUAAGAUCUCUCACUAUAAAUGGGGUGGAGGAUGAGGAGGCUCUGGCUGACGAGCGCAGGCGUCGAGGACAGUAUUCCUUGCCAGCCCAGUCACCUCACACCCGUUAUCUGAGAAACGGCAAUCUGAAUGACGAGGAAGAGGAGCGCGGCACACAGGCUAGUGGCCCCGGCUCAGCCAGAGGACACAUUGAUGGCAAGAGGAAGAAACUACGGCUAAAGGAAGAGGCGAAGAAGAAAAAGACAUCGAGACUGACUCACCGGGCAGGAACUACAUUUUAAAAAUGGAUAACUUUAGCAGCAGCACCUGUGAUUGUUACUGAUUCAUCUUCCCUGCUGGUGUGAGCGGCAGUGUGUGCGGCAAUCCUGUAAGGACAUCAGGAAAGGACACGGGCUGUUCUGGGGUGUGUCUGUAGUGUUAUGUGUUGUGUUAUUUUAUUAGUUAGUUAGUUGUGUAUUUUAAAUAUUUCUAAUUCUUCAUUUGCUUUUAUAUGUCUGCUUUGUCUGCCAUUUCUCUCUCUCCCGAUCCUUAUUUUUCUUUUUUCCAUUUUAUUUUUCCUUCUUAUACAAUUAUGUGAUGCUCGGUCAUAUUCUCUUCUGAAUAUGUUACUUUAUUUGUAUUAUUUUCUGUUUUUGUGUUUGUCCAGGGACUGCCAAUGAAUACAUUGUCCUUAUCAAAUAAAUACAUAUAUAAAUAUAUACAUUAGAGACACUUAAUGUAAAGUGUUACUGAAAGUGUGUAUUUGUGCCUGUUAUACACAUGCAAAUUGCUUUUUUUUGGAUGCUAGGAAAGGUCAGCAGCUGGGUUGUAUCUAAAAUGUACUCAUUAAGAGUAAUGUGUGUGUAACAGGGCAGAGGCUGGCUGUGAACCUAGUUAAGAGUAAUGUGUGUGUAACAGGGCAGAGGCUGGCUGUGAACCUAGUUAAGAGUAAUGUGUGUGUAACAGGGCAGAGGCUGGCUGUGAACCUAGUUAAGAGUAAUGUGUGUGUAACAGGGCAGAGGCUGGCUGUGAACCUAGUUAAGAGUAAUGUGUGUGUAACAGGGCAGAGGCUGGCUGUGAACCUAGUUAAGAGUAAUGUGUGUGUAACAGGGCAGAGGCUGGCUGUGAACCUAGUUAAGAGUAAUGUGGUGUAACAGGGCAGAGGCUGGCUGUGAACCUAGUUAAGAGUAAUGUGUGUGUAACAGGGCAGAGGCUGGCUGUGAACCUAGUUAAGAGUAAUGUGUGUGUAACAGGGCAGAGGCUGGCUGUGAACCUAGUUAAGAGUAAUGAGUGUGUAACAGGGCAGAGGCUGGCUGUGAACCUAGUUAAGAGUAAUGAGUGUGUAACAGGGCAGAGGCUGGCUGUGAACCUAGUUAAGAGUAAUGUGUGUGUGUAACAGGGCAGAGGCUGGCUGUGAACCUAGUUAAGAGUAAUGUGUGUGUAACAGGGCAGAGGCUGGCUGUGAACCUAGUUAAGAGUAAUGUGUGUGUAACAGGGCAGAGGCUGGCUGUGAACCUAGUUAAGAGGAAUCUGUGUGUGUGUCAUGGGGACUGUUCCUUUAAUUAAAGAGUUACAUUUGAGUUACAUUAUCCUGCUUUUCUGUUCGCUUAUUCUUAUAAUGUUGGGGAUGACAAUACAGUGAUAUUUGAAACUACUGACUCUUGUUUCAUUGACAAAUUUGCACAUUUCAACUCCCAAAUAAUUCAAUUUCAAUUUAUUCUAUUUAUAUAGCGCCUUUCAUACCACAGUAUCUCAAAGCGCUUUGCAUGUUGGUUAAAAGAGAAAUAAGUACGCUGUAUCAAGCUGUAGUAAAAAUGACAAUAAUAAUAAUAAUAAUAAUAAUAAUAAUAAUAAUAAUAAUAAUAAUAAUAAUAAUAAUAAUAAUAAAACUAUUGAAGAAAACAGGAAAUGAAUAAGAAUGAUGAAACACAAAAAUAAACUCAUAAAAUAGAUACAAACAAUGAUGCUUGUAAGUCAGGUUAAAAAGGGUAAACAAUAAAAGCAUGUCUUUAAUCUUGACUUAAAAAAAGAAUUUGGAACACUUUAGUUUUUCACACAUCCUGUGGUGUGUUUUGAAUAUUGCCUAAUUUGUUUUGUAUCGUAGAAUACAUUAAAUAUGAAGACAAGAAACAAUAGCCCAACUCCAGUGCUGUUCAAGUGUGCUGAUUUCUUCACAGACUCAAAGACGGUUUUAAUUGCACUCAGGAGAACUGUAUGGGAGGACUUUUAGACACUUCAGGCACCAUUACUUCUUUUUUCCUUUCUUUUCUAUUUGCUUUUGCAUAUUUAUUAAUAUUUGCAUGCUUAACAGAUGUAUUGUUCUUGAGACACUGUGUUAGAAUUGCAUAGCUUGGAACAGAAUGAGAUCUUGCAGUGUCGAUCAUGUGUCUCUUUGAUCGUUGUUGUCUUUUUUUGUAACUUGAUAAACAAGUUGAUUGUAUUUUUAUUUGAGUGAAAUUAUUUCUUAAUGCUUGUGUCAGAGCAGCACAAAUCCUGUCAUGCUGUUUUUUUUUCUUCAAUAAAGCUGUGAUUAAAA